AGGGGAAAAUCAGUCCAAAAGUUAAAAAAACUCUCCCCUAUAUAACAGCCCCAUGCUCCAUCUUCUCCUCACUCCUCCAUCUUCCCUCUUCCUUUCCAUUGCACCUCACCUUCAUAACUACGACCCUUCUUUGUCUGUCUCCAGAAGCCUCCCUUUCUCAAUCUAGAAACCCACCAGAAAUGUCUUCUGAAUACUACUUUCUUGUCAUUCCUCGAUCUGGGUACUCCUCAUCCAUUCUCAACAUCGAGCUCUUUCUCUGCGUUGUUGUUCUCGCUGCUAUCUUUGUCUUUUGGCUUUCCCCUGGUGGCCUCGCUUGGGCUCUCUCUAAGGCUCGAGUCCAUGCCAGGACCGCCAUUCCUGGACCUUCAGGUCUCCCUCUUCUCGGCCUAGUCUUCGCUUUCACUGGCUCUUUAACUCAUAGAGUCCUCGCUAAGCUUUCCAAGACUUGCAAAGCCGUCCCGUUAAUGGCGUUUUCAAUUGGGUUCACUCGAUUAGUAAUCUCAAGCCAACCCGACACCGCCAAGGAUAUUCUCAGCAGCUCGGCCUUCGCCGAUCGACCCGUGAAAGAGUCAACCUACGAGCUUCUCUUUCACCGUGCCAUGGGUUUCGCUCCCUAUGGCGAGUACUGGAGGGACCUGUGGAGGAUUUCAGCAACCCAUUUGUUUAGUCCGAAACGACUCGCCUCUUUCGGUGGGUUUCGGAGAAUCAGGCCCGGCUUUAAGAUUUUCAGGGCCCAAAGGAGUGGUGGGGGUGGGGUGAAAUGGGGGUCUCAAUCACGUCUCAUGUAUUUGGGAGGUCUUAUGAGUUUGAUCAUAGAUAAGCAUAGGAUGAAGAGGGCUGAGAACAGUGGAGUUGUGAGUGAUGAGAGCUCUGGUGAUUUUGUUGAUGUGUUGCUUGAUUUGGAGAAUGAGAACAAGCUCACUGACUCUGAUAUGACUGUUGUGAUGAAAGAUUUGUCUGUGUUCUUAUUUCAUUAUGCGAAUUGA